UUGGUCGAGUCUGCGCAGGUAGUUUAGGAAUGCUGAGGCCACAGCUGCGGGGAGUAAACAAAACCUUUUUUUAACCCACCGGAAAGGACUUCCAGGAACUACUAUUGCUAUAGUUUACUGUAUUUUUUUAAACUUCUCCAGAGAAAAUCUCAAAAUACAGCUGUUUUUGUGGCUCUCGUUGAACGUUUCCUGAUUCAUCUUACCAGCGUCGAAAGUUGGGACACGUACAGCACCUUAGAUAAGUUUCACUUUGAUGGUGUUGUUCUUCAAUAUGUGCCAGCUUUCAUUAUAGGUAAUGUAAACGACAGGUUUUUUUUAGAGCUGUUCGGGUAAUGAAAAGUGUACAAGUGGUGGUGUGAAGAAGCUGGGCGUUGUUAAUGACACUCUGCCCUCUUUGAGACGCCAAUUAACGCUCCACACGCUGCUCGUGCGCAGGUGCACGUAUGACCAUGCUGUUAAAUCUGUUCAUACUCCUUCUACUCCUGUCCUGUGGAGAUCUGUUCUGUACGAGAAGGUUACUCUCCAAACAUGAAGGAUCCCAAGAUGAGGAAGUAUUUGUGGACGAGGGGGACGCAAAUUCGUUCUUGGGUCGCCACCUGCUGUUCAACCGGUUCGACUUUGAGAUUUUCGUUCCUGGAAAUCUGGAAAGAGAAUGUAUUGAAGAAGUCUGCAAUUACGAGGAAGCAAGGGAAGUCUUUGAAAACACUCCAGCUACAGAUGCUUUUUGGAAGACUUACGUUGCAGAGAAGAACAAACGUCCCUCACGAGUUGACGUCACAUCUCUUUUGGUGGGGUUGAUUGCUGCUGGAGUGGCCAUAGUUAUUGCCAGCCUCCUGCUCUGGUAUUUCUGUCAAGGCAGAUGUAAGGAUGACUUAAGUCGUGGCAGUUCCAUCCGGGUACGUCCCAGGAGGAGUAAUGCUUCUCUGAUUAUGCGACGGCUAGAGGAAGUGUCCCUACAGCCUGCGCUCCCACCCCAUAUGGAGGAAAUAGACCCCCCGGGGCUGCCCUCCUAUGAUCAGGCAAUCACAAGAAGUGGACAGCAUGAUGCCCCACCUCCUCCCUAUCCCGGUUCACGACCUGGAAGUAUUCGGCGGUAGUGUCUUCGAGACAACAUAUCUCCAUGUCUGUCAACAUAAAGCAGAGAAUUUACAUUUACACUCUGCGGCUCUACUUUACAUGGUAUACCUGUUUUUUCAUUAUCACAGGAUUUAAAACACUUCCUUAUUCCUUUUGUUUAUUGUUCUAAAUGAGCCACUUGUGCAUUUUUAAUCUGUUAUGGUGUGUUGGAUUACCUUUGGCUCUUCCCUAAAAGGAUAAUCUUGUAAAUUUCUGGCUUCCCCCUCUUGAUCUGCUAGUGCCAAAAUGUAGUUUUGCAGUAGCCUAUACUAACUAUGUUCUCAGGUGUGAUUAUGCUUUGUAAUAUAACCCAAACCCCAUACUGACUAAGCUUUUUAUCAAAAUGAAAAUGAAGAAUCUGUAAUAUUUUAGAGUUGCUGUAGAGGCGGCAUGUAUACAACGACUGAGUGCAAGAAUCUAUUUUAUUACACAAUAAGUAUUAAUGGUAAUUGAAGAGAGGUGGACUGAUUUGUGUACACAUGCGACUUCCCGUCUCUCCCAGAAGGAAAACAUUGUACCAGCAAAACUACCUUUAUUGGCACAAUGGUAAUUAUUGUCAUAAAGAAAAUGCUUUUAAGGGUAAUACAAGUGUUCUUUGUUUACCUUCAGCUGUAUAGCUUCAUCUUUUAAUAUUAUUAUUAUUUUUUAAAUUUUCUUGCUGCUUUAAGUUUUUGUGUGUCAUAAAAUGUAUGUGUGAAUCAGCAACUAAUGAGAAUGCUCUUCUCAUAUGAACUCAUUUUUACUGUCGAUAUCUACACUGUUGUUAACUAUUAAAUGUAAACAGAUGGAGGCGAAAGCUCUUCAGAGGCAGUUUUACAACAUUUUACAUGUACACAAAACAGGAUUUUAGAUUUAUAGAGGGAACUUAUAAUGGAGAUGAUGGCUAGAAAAUAUAUGAAAAGUUUAAGAGGAUGCAGCAAAACAUUAUCCAGCAUGUACAAAACAGAUAAGUUUGAAUGCAUUAUACAAUGUAAAAUUUCAUCAUGACAUUUUGAGAAUUUAUUGAAUAUUAAGUUUGCUGAAGCUGAUCCAAAGCAUAACUACUGAUCCAAAGCAUAACCACUUAAAGUAAAAAAUCAUUUAUAGAUGUUUUAAAUAAAAUUUAUAUUUUAAUUAUU